AUGAAUAACGUUCGUCUCCAAGCUCGAAGCGCGAGAAUUGCAACCGAGCGCGAUCAUACUCCUAGCUGGAAUCCUUUCCUGCGAGGUAGAAGAUGGGCUGAAGGUGGCUACGAUAUGAAUUGUCCUGGAAAGAGGGAUGAGGAAUCGGGAAGAGCAGAAAGUAAUACGCAUGCUUUACCUCCACGUCUGGAACCGGUUCAUACACUUUCGGAUACCGAUAUCGUUAAGCUUAGCCCUGGUAUUGAGUCUCUAUUCGCCACAACAACCUUGGAUGAAAAGCCUAUGCGUCCAUUGUCCGCUGGAAACUUAGGUAUUGAGGAGGCCACGGGCUCUAUCCUCAGAGAGCAUCCCCGGCAUCGUUUUCCACGCCCCUCUUCUAUCCCCGAAGACAAAACAAAUUGUGAAAUUGAAAAAGCAAACGAAUGUGCUAGAAGACGCACAUCACCAUAUGGAAAUUUGAUCAAACAAAUAGUUGCAAUUUUCUGCUCAUCAUGGUUAUCGCUUCUCCUCCCAUUUGUACCGGCAGGGUUCGCUUCAAAUUAUACUAAUCUACCACCCAUUGUCAAUUUCAUACUAAACUUCAUUGCUAUCUUCCCAAGUGCUUCUAUUGUCGAUAUGGCCAUGGAUGAGGUGAUGUUACGUUUUGGAAAUACAGUGGGAGGAUUGAUCUACAUGACUUUUGGAAACAUCGUACAGCUGGUAACCUCGGUUCUUCUUCUCAAGACUCGACAAGUUGAGAUUUUGAAAACUUCACUCAUUGGGGGAAUUCUGAGUGGAGUGUUAUUGAUCAUGGGUGCAAGUUAUUUCGCAGGUGGCAUUGAUCGACUAGAGCAGUCUUUCAAUGUCAGCUCUGCAAGUUAUGUCGCUAAUUUCUUGACAUUAUCUGUGGCUAGCUUGAUCAUCCCAACAGCAUCUCAUGUUUUUGCCAAUUCGACCCCGGAGAGUAUUUCUGCGCAAUCCAGGGGGACUUCGAUUGUCCUUCUGUUUGUAUAUGGUGUCUAUCUAUUCUUUCAACUAAAAACACAUUCAUAUGUCUUCAAUCCAGAAGCUGGCUUGUACAUCAAAAGGGCGCCAAAAUCGACUGUCAAAGGCGUCACAGAGGACACGAUUGAUAGCAGCCAGUUUUCUCCUCCAUCAGCCGUUUAUCCCACCGGCGAAGAUAUAGAGCCUCAUCUCUCUAUGUCGGUGGGUGUCAUCACCCUCAUUAUCGGAACAGUGGUUCUCGCCUUUAACACUACUUUCGCCGUCGACAGUAUCGAUGGUCUGACAGCACAUCACGCCUCACCCAGUUUCGUUGGUUUAAUACUUCUUCCCUUUCUCAAUAAUGAUUUCAUGCCCAUCACUUGUGCACGGAUGGAUAAAUUAGACUUGAGUAUCAUGGCAUCGGCCGGUAAAUCUCUUCAGACUUCACUACUAAUCACGCCUCUGAUUGUGAUUAUUGCGUGGAUUUGGGGGAUAGAUGAUAUGGGUUUAUUGUUCGAUGGGUUCCAGGUGGCUUCGCUGUUCAUGGCUGUAUUGCUGUUUAAUUUUCUUAUUGCAGGAGGAAAGAGUAAUUAG